CGCGGUCUGUGCGGGGCAAAGGGGGCCCGCAACGGUUCACGCCACCACUGCCACUGGCACCGGUCAUCAGUCUUGGAAGGCCAGCGGAACCCACAGCCACGAUAACGGUGGUACCGGUACUACUCAUACCUCAACGGUGGUUCCACUAUAACCGCUUACCUCAACAUUGCUACCCCGGUUCCUCAUACCCGGUAUCAAGUCGUACCUCCGGUCCAGUACCUCAACGCAGGUCGCCAGGUCCGGAACCUGGCACUAUUUGACGUUCAGUGACGAUAGCGGACGAUUCUAGUGACUUAGCUGUGUGAUGUAGUGACACUUGUUCGAUACAUUUGGAUUAUAGUGAUUGGGCAUCAUGCCGAAGAUCUUCCUAAUCAAGAACCGGCUGCAUCAGCAGCAGUUGCGGUUGGAGUCUCAGAACGCUGGAAAUGUCAAGAAUGAUCUUGGGAUUGUGGAUACGCAGCAACCUUUGUCGUUGAUCGUACAGAAAAAGGAUGAUCCAGAGAAAAAGUCGGAAGGUGGGCCAAGCAAACCGAAGUCACCUGGUCCUUCGUCUCCCGUGAAACAGGACUCCUCGACCCCACCUCGUAGAUUUAUCUCCUCAAUUUUGGGAGGAGAUGUACCGUAUGGAAGUCGAGGUCAUGUGCUCACGAGGGCGGAAAGGAAAGAAUACCCGGCCGUGCUCAAACCUCCUGCGGAAAAGGUGGUCCUCCCUUCCCCAAAACCCCCAGAGCCCCAGAACUUGGCACCCCCGGUACGCCAAUUCUCCGUGAUCCAACGCACGCCGAAGGCAGCUUCAAAACGAGAAGAGGACACGGAGACGCGGUUACCCACCUCCAUAGUGGUACACCAGGAGCCAGAACAGGAUCAGCCCAUAGACUAUCACAUCCCUAAGAGGCGAGGGGAGACUGAGAGUGAAGAGGAAGAGAGGAGGAUACGGGAACAGAGGAGGAGUCAUUGCAAUAAAGUCAGCAAACCACUCAUAUCAGUCAGGGCUAUCGUCGGCAAGCUCCCCACCACCACAACCCUAGCAGCGGGCCACGGUCGUACCGGCGGGGGCAGUAACACCGCGGGGGGCGGCAACCAAGGGGCAGCCGGAGGGCAGUCAGCUGGGGGCGGGGGAAGUACAGGGGGCGGUCUCAGUUUUGGAGGGGGCGGAGGAGGAGGAGCAAUUGGAGGUGGAACUGGUGGCGGUGCUGGAGGCGGCAGGGACGGCAGGCAGAACUAUGGGCCGAGCAGUCCGCCUACUGGCAGUUUGCCGCCCUUCUACGAGUCGCUCAAAGGAGGAAACAACGCAAACAACUACAAUACGAACGGUACCUUCUCAUCAGCAUACUCGUUAUCGAAUCAGCACAUGGACUGCGACACAGGUCAGGACUUGGCGAACCUGACGAUAAACGGGAGUCAAAGCCCGCCUAAACAAUACUCUACCUUACAAAAUGCCUCGUACGGCAUUGUGAUGAAAGAUGAAAACGACAUAGACUUAUACGAAUCCAAAAUGGAUCCUAUGAACCAGCUCUUACCCAGUGGUUACUCGGCUUACGAUGAAUCGAUGAUGGUAGACUUGGUGAGUGGCGCUGCAUCCGUGGACCCGCUGCAGUUCACCGCGACCUUGACCUUCUCUGCGUCCGCAGAGCACGCCCUCCUGGAAAGCUUUUCCGACGCUGCUGCGGACCUGUCAACCUUCCUGCAGAGGCUGCCCAGCGAAGAUGGCGACGACGAGCUUGCGGGAAGCAUGCAUUCGCCUGAUGCGCCUACACAACAGGCGCAGCAACAACAGCAGUUGCAGCAGGUUGAUCAGGGGAUCGAGCCGUUUGGGGAACAGAUGCUCAACAGGAACUACGACACCCGACCACCGACCUUCUCCCACUCCCAAUUCCCGAAGAUCUACCAGGAGCCUCUACCCUCCUACCAAUCAUCGAUGUCAACGGACCUCCAGCAGCCUAGCAUGCACCAGCAGAUGCUCUCACCGACACUCUCAUUCAACGGCAGCGGCCUUGAACUGGACUCCUCAUCACCCGCCACGAUGUCCCUGCCUUCGCCGGGCGCUGCCAGCUGCUCAUUGGACGGUGGGCGUGGCUCUCCGCAGACAGUGGGCGGAGCCACGGCAGCGGCUGCGGUGAGUGGGCGGCGCGAAAGUGCUGCAUCGGAUUCGUCCGCGUCUCCGGCUUUGCACGGCCGCGUGAACGUGCUGCACAGGCUUGGUCUGCCUGCCGAAGUGCAGCUGGAGUUCGUGAACGGCGGCCACGGCAUCAAAAAUCCGUUGGCCAAUCAGGAAACGGCACGUGGCGGCACUGGGCGGAGCGAAGAGAAAUCCAAGGCCGCCUCGAUCACCACAGAGGACGGGCAGACGAACUUUGCCUGUCGGAUAUGCAACAAGACAUUCGCGCUUCAGCGACUGCUCAACAGGCACAUGAAGUGUCAUUCGGAUGUCAAGAGGUAUCUGUGCACGUUCUGCGGGAAGGGAUUCAACGAUACGUUUGAUUUGAAGAGGCACACGAGGACGCAUACAGGAGUACGGCCGUACAAAUGCAGCCUGUGCGAAAAAUCCUUCACGCAACGCUGCUCGCUGGAGUCACACUGUCUCAAAGUCCAUGGAGUCCAGCACCAGUACGCGUACAAGGAGCGACGCACCAAGGUGUACGUGUGCGAGGAAUGCGGACACACCACCAACGAGCCGGAAGUCCACUACCUCCACUUGAAGGACAAACACCCCUACAGUCCGGCCCUGCUCAAAUUUUACGAUAAGCGACACUUUAAAUUCACCAAUUCAAAUUUUGCUAACAUGCUGUUGCAAGUACGUACCUAAUCAGUUUUAUUUUCUAUUUGUUUGUUGCUCGGGCGCUGUAUCGCGGAAAAUCGGCGCGAUUGAUUUUUGACCUAGAAACGCUUUUAUCGAAACACAUUGUGGCAAAAGCGCCUUUAACAUGUUAUAAAACCAUUGAUUCUAUUAAAACGGGAAUAUCUAUAAUGCCUGGACCUAUAUUUGCGUUUACACCAAUAAAUUCUCUAAGGUGUCCAGAGUUUUCCGGUCAGCGAUACAGACUAGAAAAUAGACGAUCCUCGUAAAAAACAUACUUACUACUGCCAUUUUACAGAAGAAUAUCAAAAUUUCAAAGUACUAUUUCUCGCGUUACUGGUCAUGAAAAAUGCAGAUACAGCAUUAGUAGCCGAAGAUUGCAUAACAGUCAACCGGUGUAUUGCGAAAACAGUUCUGCAUGGGUUUUCGCGUUAUCGAAGUCGUUUGACGUUUUCGGGACGAUAUCCGAGGCCGUAUAAAAUAAUUUCUACAUAUGUGGUUUCAUUUGUCCAGAAAAAAAGAGAUCUAAUCAGCAUGAGGCACAGGAAAUUUCUGAUGUUACAUUAACCAAAUUUUCAAGACUUCAAAAAUUACCACGCAUCUUCAAAACCCGGUUCUUGGGUAGAUCACGAAUCUGAUAUCAGUGUUUCGUUGGAAGAUUGCAUAACAGUCAACCGGUGUAUUGCGAAAACAGUUCUGCAUGGGUACAAAAUAAUUUCUACAUGUGUGGUUUCAUUUGUCCAGAAAAAAAGAGAUCUAAUCAGCAUGAGACACAGGAAAUUUCUGAUGUUACAUUAACCAAAUUUUCAAGACUUAAAAAAUUAUCACGCAUCUUCAAAACCCGGUUCUUGGGUAGAUCACGAAUCUGAUAUCAGUGUUUCGUUGGAAUUGACAGAAAGCUAUGAAACACACAUUUUUCUGCUACAAAUCGGACAAUUCGACAAUUUUCUAAUUCGAAAUCAGCGUCCCAAAUUACCCCACUGAACUAAUUUUCCUUUGCUUGAGUUAGGGAGAUGAAAGUGGAAAUCUUACACUGAGAAACUUUUUAAGUUUAAAGACAUGCCGUUGAAAAUAAAUCGGAAUUCCCAGCGUGUCUGUAAUCUCAACUGAAGAAGAAAAAAUCAAACUAUCAAAAAACAAUACGUUGCAAAAAACAGUCUACAUGAUUAUUGGAUUUCGCACUGUUCUCGAUUUUUUAAAGCCAAGUAAGUUCUUCAGGUGAAAGAACAAUCUCUUAACUCCCAGAAAGACAUGCGUUAGUGAAUUUUACGAGAAAAUCUUGUUUUACACAUCAUAAAUUGCAAAAUACGUUGAAGUUACAAUUUUAUUCUCUAUUGCAGCCUGAGCCACAGCGAAUAUGUUGAUCUACGACGUUCCAAUUCUAGAGGAACACACUCUUCAGGACAAACCAGAGAUUUUCCGCGGUACAGCGCAUUUUACUUUUAACCAAGACGUUAUAAGUUUUAAAUUGGAAUGCUUCACGAUGACAAGAGAACAAUGAAACAUGCCUAUCACAUUGAUAACCUUCACUAAUCCGAAGAUGUUCAAAUUAGAUGGCAUUUUCUUCCUGUUAGGGACAAAUGGAGCAUAUGCCAAGCAUGUAACGUAUUACAAGUAUAGUGUUUCUGACUACAUUCAAGUAGAUACUCAAGUGGAAGGUAGUAACUUUGUACACAGUAUGUACAUAUGUAAAAAGACGAUAAAUGGACAUUAACGUUAAUUGCCGGUCAUUGAUGUGAAUGCUCAUUCCGGGUGGACAAUGUUGUUAAUACUCUUAUUUUGACGUCUUCGUCCACCGAUUAACCAUCAUUGUCCGCGGCUUGGUGGUCAUAAAUGCCAUUGCCGGUGAUAUUAACAGAGCGCUUCUAUUAUGAUUUUAUCAACAAAAGACAACUUUACUGUGCAUUAACGUUUCUGACCAGUCCAUAACGUUAUUGCCCGAUUUGCGAGAAUGAGUUAUGCUACUCUCUUCCAAUUGGGUACUUAACUGUAGGACAUUGCAUAUAAAUGAAAAGUAUCCAUGAGAAAAUAAUGUUCAGGUUAUUAUUUUCGCAUGUAUAACUUUUCGCCAAGAAUGCCUAACCCUUAAAAAUGUGUUUAUAAUCACGCGAUUUGGAUUCUGAAAGCCAAACUUAUAACGUCUGCGGUAUGAAAUCCGUCCAAUAUAGAGUUGGUUAGUCUCACACACUUGAUUAUUUCUCUUAUUACAUUGGAUCUAUCUUUCUGUGAUAAAAUACAAUUUACGAUUUACUUUUCCCUUAUAUUAUUGAUAACUGUGAGGUUAUCUUCAGGAAAUGGAAAAUAAAAUGAGGAAACAGGCCUAGAGAGAUGUCAACGUUAAUAUAUAGUAGGCGGCGACUAUAUAAAAAAUCGGGUUAUUUGUGCAAUCAGAGGUGGAAGGAACUGGGGUAUUUUUAAGUAAGUGUAGUAGUAGGAAUGAACUGUAUAGUACUGGAACGACGUUAGAAGUCAGAUAUUUCAAAGAUAGUUUCAUUAAUGUACUGACAAAAAUGGCAACCAUCACUUCAAACUACGAAAAACUGACAUUGUUCAGUUCAGCUACGACUCAAAAUCAAAAGCUGAACUAUGUUAUUUUCGCAAAUCAAGGUUAUGGGCCCAGAUCUGCCACCAUAUCAAGCACUUGAUAUAAACGGAAAUAUUCACAGAUGCUAACGAUCAUGACGUAUUUCAAUUCAGGCAUAGAUUGAAGGAGCAUGAUUAUAAUACAUCCUACUUCAAAUCUAUAAUAAAACACAUUGAGAUACAGAACGUGUUGCGUCUCUGUGUUUACAGUAAAAACAAUAUUUGAAAAAAAUGAAUGUCGCAACACUCUCAUUUUGAUAUAUGUUUUGUAUCUCUGAGUGUUUUAUUACAGAUUUGAAGUAUACAGUGUUUUCCCAUACGCGCAUAUAAGAAUGAAAAAUAAAAUAAAAAAGAAGUACGUUGAUUAAAGCUUUAAAUACAUAUUUUCUGAAAUAUUUAAAUGCAAAAAUAUCAUAGAUGCAAUCUAGUUAAAAUUUCAGUUAUUUUCAAGCCCUAAAAACACCUUAUUGACCCUUAUCCUGUGAAAAGCUUAGGCAGUGUAGUGUAAGUGUUGAUUGCCAUUUGACCAUAUUGGCCUUUAACGCGUUCCUACCUCGUUUCUGGUGCUUCAUAGACAUUGUCAGACACUAUGGUGCUGCAGAAUCUAACUUAACAGUAGAUUUUUGUAUGAUGUGAUGAUAUCUGUCUGUUUACUCAAUUAUACAACGAACAAAUUUCUGCAAUACUUUAGUCUUGUUGAAGUGAGAAUUUGUUGAUUAUUAAAUAGAAGUAUGUGUGUUGAUACUACUGUUUGUACAUAGAAUUAUUUAGUUUAUUUACUAUAAGUACCUUUUUAUAAUCUGAUAGUUGAUCUUUUUUUAUAUAUUUAUGUUUGCCAGUGUACCUAGAAACAUUAAAUUGAAUAGUAUUUAUGUCUCUUUUUUUACGUCACAGUAUUCACGAUGUCUAGAUAGUUAUUUAAAGGAACUGAAAUUAUUUUAAUCUUGGAAACCUUCUCGAAGCUUAUUUAAAAUUUGUUAGCUUUAAUACUUGUGUUUCAGUUAUUUUGUAACUUAAUUUUGUAUUUAUAUUUCCACACUCAAUUGUAACUUAAUAUGUAAUUUUCCUAAUGUUGUUAAACAAAUAAAUUAUACAUAUUCA